UUGGGACUCCUUAGUAUUUUUCUUGCUUACAGUUAAACUGGCUUAUUCUGUUGUCUACUUUAGGGAAUGGAAAAGGAGACUUCAGAUCUGUCCAUAGAUGUGUGAGUUUAAGCUGCCAACCAACCUCUGGGACUUCCCAUCUAGCUCUGGACAGGAACUAGUUCCUCAGGAGUAGGAAUCCAUAAGAGUGGGUGUAUUUAAGAGAACAAGAGUGGCAGAUAGGUAAUCUUCUCUCUUCUUUCCUUAUAGGUUUGGAAGAACAGCAUUCUAAGAUACAGAGAUCUGGACUUUUAAAGUGUACUGUCUAAAGAAAUAUAAGGAAUUGAAACUUAUUGCUUCCUUGCAGUUUAUUUUAUGGUAUUUGUGCCUCUUGUUCUUUCUGUAGUUUUAGAUCAAGAAACACCAUGAGUACAACUCAAAGAAAGCGCCGUGGAGGAGCAGUUAAUUCUAGGCAAGCUCAGAAGCGAAACAGGCUGUUAGCAUCUACCACAGAAAUGGCUUCAGAAGCAGAGCCAAUAGAACUUGAAGAAAGUGCUGGUGAAGAGGUAGUAGAUCUCACAUGUGAAUCUUCGGAUCCUGUAGUAGUUGAUCUAACUCACAGUGAUUCUGUUGUGAUUGUAGAAGAGAAUCAACGGCAAAGGAGAAAUCUCAGGCUAAGAAGCCAGCGGCAGUCGGACAGCUGUGUGCUGAGCAGUGACGAUGAAGAUGAGCCAAGAGAUAAUGACGUGUUCGUAACAAACAAAGUGUCUCGAGACCUGGGACCACUGGAGGAUGAAACUGCAAGUUCAAAGCCUUCAGGUACCGUUAGCUGUCCCAUUUGCAUGGAUGGCUACUCGGAGAUUGUGCAGAGCGGGCGGCUCAUUGUGUCAACCAAGUGCGGCCACGUCUUCUGCAGCCAGUGCCUCCGAGAUUCCCUUAGGAAUGCCAACUCCUGCCCCACCUGCAGGAAAAAACUCACUCACAGACAGUAUCAUCCAAUUUAUAUAUGAGUACUGCUAUUUCUCAGGACAGACUCAACUGGAAUUUUGGGGGAAAAAAGUCGUGUUUUCAGUACUCUGAAGAUUUAAGGAGCAACAGGUUGUACACGCAUCCAAAUGUAAUAAAACAGAUUUUUUUGAGAGUAACUUGUACAUAUAUAAACAGCUUUUUUUAUGGUCCAAGCUGCUUCUUGUUAUGUCACUGGUUAUGUUAAAUUCGACUGUCUGUAAACUAGACCAGCAGCCUAUAUCAGAAAUGAAGCAGCCAGUCCACUUCCUUCUACUUUUUUAAUGCUUGAAUAAGAGGGGUCUGAAUAUUUUGUUAUUUCUUACUCUUCAGAUUGCUCCCAUCAUCACACACAGAUAUGGAAUAUUUAUCUUUCAAACAGAUAACACCUUGCAGUUUCAUUGUACUUCCAUUUUUAUCGUGUCUCAUGCUCAUUCCAUAUUGCUUUUUGUUAAAUCAUCUUUGCCCACAUAGUAUAAGUUCUGUAGCAAUUGAAUAUUUAAUCAUCAAUCACUAUUGAACUGACAACCAGGGUAAUGCAAUAAAGUAACCUGCUGUUAACCAGCAGCUGGGGUUUUUUUAAGCAGAUGGCUUGAACAUGUCGAUGUCUAUGAACUCCAUGAGAUGUAAAGUGCAGAGCCAUAUCACAACAUGUACAAUGUGAAAAUAUUUCUUGGAAUAUUUUAACUGCUAAGAUUCUCUCAUUGGAAUUACAAUACUGAGUUUAUUGUCUAACAUGAUGAAAUGGUCUCUUGGGUUUACUGUUGUUCUGUAGCUCGCUCUCCUUAUAACUGAGGAGAAAAUAGUCUUCUCCAGGCUUGCUCGUGAUGAAUAAGCAGCAAAUUGUAUCCUUUGCUUUUGUCAGCUGAAUACCAAACUACAUAGCAGAUGAUUUUACCCUAUCAGGUGUACCCAGCGCAAUGCUUAAGGCUCCGUGUGUUCACUUGACUCUUUCCUUCAGUCACUCUACUGACACCUGACUGGUUUUAGCCUGGUGUAUAGGCUUAAUAAUUGCAUUACCAGAAAUUUUAAAAAAAUGAGGCUUUGAAUGAUAGUUUGAAUGAUAAUUUGGUAGUAAUGUUGACUUGGAAGCUUUUUGAAAGAGAAGUUUAAUCUCCCUUUGCCCCAGAAGUUAAAAUGUGUGUCUCUAAUUGGAAAAAAAAGUCAACUACAUAACUUGGGUGAGAAUUGGGCCGCUAAAACAAAGCAGGCUUAUGCACUGGUACCAGUUAACUAUUUUUUUCCCUCCAGGGCUGAAUUCUAAGUGUCUCUUCUAAACCUGUUGUGGCACAAAUCCCCAAGCUGAUGGGGAGACCCCAAUGGGCCAACACAAAACAGGAUUAUAAUAAUUAAAUGUAGGUGAGAUGAUUAAAACCAGUAUUUUAUGGUCCACAUAUGUAGUAGCAGCAUUUGUGGAAGUUGAAAUUCAGUCUGGAAAACAGUCCAAAAUUAAACUGCCACUUUUGCAAAUUGGUUGAAGAUGAAGGCCAUUAGAUAGUGUGCCUGUGCUCAGUGCAACACACCUGUGGGAUGCCUUUAGUUAACCUUGCUGAUAUCUGCUAUAUUGUGGCUGAAUUUGCCUAGGGUUUGGUAGGAAGCCUUUAAUGAAAAUUUUCUGAUUAGCUGUUUCAAACUCUCGACUGAUGAUUGAGCCCAGGUGUGAAUUUCAAUCUACAGGGGUGUUUCUGGGUGUAGUAGUGCAGGAAGGUCUCGUUCCUUAGAGGGCAGCCCAAGAAAUGCAGCAUUUCGCACCCAGCUCUGGGCAGCUUGGGCUUAGCCUUGUUACCACGGAAGGGCAGGCUCUGCAUGCGAGCCGUUCAAGACAGAAAUGUUCAGGAGCCCUGUGCUUCCCUUUGGCCGUGUAAGCUAGAGGCAAAUGAAGUCUUAAAAUUAGUCUUAAAAUAGGACUGUGACAAUGCAGGCUGUGAGUUGUGUCCCAAAAAGAUGAUAAAACUUAGUACUAAAGAUUGCUUAAACCAUGUGAAGAGAAGCAGCCAGAUGUAAAACUGCCUAGAUAUUUAAGGGCCACGGAAACAUGUUCUCCCACCAGCUGGGGGCUGAAAAAAAGAAAAAGGAAAAAAGCCCCCCAGCUUCUGGCCAGUUUUCCUGAGGAGGCUACGUACCAUAGGGAAGGUGAGAUUUAAGGGGUUACGUCUGGGGGGACCGUGGGGAACAUGUUCCUACAUCUCCGUGUACUAACUGUAGCCUCAAGUGACUUUGCACAAUUCCCUCCAUGUAAAUAUCACUUUAUAGUUUGGGUCUCAAUAAAUGUCUUAGAUAUCACAAACUAUAAAAUACUGAAGGAAAAAAAAAAUUUUAGGUUUGUGUACCCUGUGAAGUGCCACAAAUUUUGUGCAUCUCAAAACAAAU